AUGGUGUAUAAUCAACCAAUGCAGUCUAAUUCACAAGAACAAUUUGUUCAAGUGCCGCUCUAUAUGGAGCACGGCUCAAGUACACCAAUAAACCAAACCAGUGACUCGAACCAAAGACUCAAAAAGUGGGUUACCAUCAUCAUAUGCAUCAUCUUGGCCGUAACAGGUCAAUGCAUCGUCAGAAUCCUCGAGAACUAUUACUUCCUCCACAGAAACCGGAGCCGUAGGUACAGCUUCUGGACCCAAUCCCUUCUCCAAGUCAUCGGAUUCCCCAUCCUCCUCAUCCCUUUCCUUCUCCUCCUCCUCUCUUCCAAGAAACGGAAACAACUUCUCGUUACCUCCGCUGGAAUCACCGUCACGCUAAUAGUAGUUUACCCUAUUAUCGUCAUCUACAUGUUUUUUCAAGCAUUUUUCUCGAACAUUAAACACCGGAUCCCCUUUAAAGUUUUCACUCUCAUCUACACGUCACAGCUCUUCUUCACCCCCAUUUUCUCCAUCUUUAUAUUUACCAACAGAGUCAAAUUCAAUAUAUGGAUGAUUCUCUCUCUCAUCUUAGCCACCCUAGCCGGAACUUUCACACUCUACACUUUCUCCGCCGGGUCACCCAUCAUCUACAACGGGAAGAUACACAACUUUCGUGUUAUGUAUGUGGCUUUAUGUGCCGCCGGAUUUUUCUCCUUGCUCCUCUCCCAGAUCAGAAGCAUAUUCGAGGCUUUUAUCUCCGUUUGCAAGGAAUCCACAAACAUAAAACAACCAAGUUUCGUCGUUGUUCUUGAGUUGCUCAUCUUCUCGUUUCUCUAUACCACCGUCAUCUUUGUCGCAGCCGUUUUCAUCUCCGGCGAUCAUCACAACUUGAAGAGAGAGAUGGAUGGGUUCUCGAAGGGGCAAGUUUCCUACGUGUGGACUAUGGUGGGUCAAGCCGUUGCAUGGCAGAUAUACUGGGUCGGGAUCGUGGGGCUAGUGUUGGCUGUCUCGGCCGUGUUCUCGAACGUGAUCAGUGUUUGUACGUGGCCGAUCGUGUCGGUUCUCGUGGCUUUGUUUUAUAACAAGUACGAUCAGUUCGAUGUCUUCAGAGGAAUCGCCUUAGGCGCCGCUAGUCUUAGCGUUGCAUCUUAUUUAUAUAUGAUCCUCAAAGAGAAGAGCGAAGAUGAUGACCAACCUACAAGCUAA